UAGAUUACGUGAGCAUUUUAAUUUCUUCUCGGUCUGUGAGAUCACGUGAGUCAUAUGCUGCGUUCAAAUUCCCCACUCGAAAUCGGGAGUUUAAAGAUCGCAACGUAUGUCGCAAAGUUAUGAGGGGAUUCAGGAUUGUCGAUCGUUGCACCAAAAAUGGGUGCCUGGGAUUAAACACCUGUCGAGCAUUUUGCUGUCUAACUCUUUAUUAGACAACAGCAAGUUGUGCAAUAACACCGAACAGUUUUACAUGUGCUUUCAAAAGUUUUGAAAAAUUGAAAUUAAGUUCUAAAAACGCCUUUUAAUCUUUACAGGUGGGCUUUAGGGUGGAAAAAAUAAAAAAUCCACCGCAAAUGUGAGUUGUUUUGGGGUUUUUUUUAGAAGCUCACUCACAAAUCAGAAAGUGGCAAAAUAGUUAAUUCCACUUGAACAAUAAAGCAUAAAGUGGACGUGCUGUGACAGUUAAUAGUUCCGACGCGUGGGCGAUUGACGUAAUCUGUAAUUGCCGUCAUCGAGGAACGAUCGUCUCAUUCAUUGCUCCUAACAUUUAUCGCCGCUCGCCCCCGCGCCCUUCUGUUGAUCUCGUCGUUUCCUCGAUGGGAUCUCUGGAGGGAGGCGCUAACAUGGAAACAGAGGAGCGAGGAGGUUGGAAAUAAAGGAAUUAUCCAGAUUCCCAGUCGUCUCGAACGCAUCAUGAGAGCAGCCCACUCCAAGCGCCAGUGUUCUUCGUGCGCCUGCGCAGUGAGCAUCCCGGGGAUGGGUCUCGUCGAACGAAUCAAGAUGGCGACUCUGGCAAAAGCGCCAGCGCACUUAGCGAAGUAGAUGAGCCGAAUUGGCCACUUGAGCGGCUUUCGUGGCGCCCCAGCGGGGCUCUGGUGAAGCAUGACGCUUUGGAGACGGGAUUGAGCGAGACUGAGGAGCGCUAACGACGAUGUGCGAGAGCUAUGGCCGCUCGCUGCUGCGUGUGUCGGUGGCGCAGAUCUGCCAGGCUCUGGGCUGGGACGCCGUUCAGCUAACCGCCUGCGACCUGCUGGCCGAUGUGCUGCAGCGGUACAUCCAGCAGAUGGGCCGAGUCUGCCAUCGCUACUCGGAGCUGUACGGGAGGACGGAUCCUGUGCUGGACGACGUGAGUCAGGCUUUCAGGCUGCUGGGGGUGAGUCUGAGCGAACUGGACGACUAUGUCAACAACCUGGAACCCGUGGCCUUCCCCCAACAGUUGCCCUCCUUCCCCGUCAGCAAGAACAAUGUCCUGCAGUUCCCUCAGCCCGGCGCGCUCUUCGCCGAAGAGCGGAAAGACUAUAUUCCGGAUUACAUGCCGCCACUGGUCUCUUUACAAGAAGAAGAGGAGGAAGAAGUCCUUCCUGACACGGGCACCUCAGCCGAAGCUAUGCAGGUGGCCAUGGAGGAGGACGAGGAGGACUUUGACGACGACGAGACGGUCAACGACGAGAACUACCCGCUCAAGAGGCCCCUGGACAGUCCCGACGAGGCCCUGGGCAUGAUGCCCACCUCCAAGCGGCCGCGGAUGCUCCCCGGCCUCAGCCCAGAGUGGGGCCCGGAGCCCCGAGAGCCCCUCACCUCCCUCAACCCUCAGCGCGUGCCUCCUCCGGGCAUGCUGCCGCCUCACGAUACCCUCGACCCGCUGUCGCCCGAAACCCCACCGGGAGCCCCGCCGUCCUUCAGACCUCAGCCUUCCAUAUCAAAAUACCCCGAUCCAAAGACCCUCAGCACCCCUACAAGAAAGCCGAAAGUCUCCUCGCCUGGGAGACAAAGAACUAAGUCCCCGAAAGUGCUCAUUCCCGCCUCAGGGGGUGGCAGUCCCAUUCAUUCUCCCCCUAAAACUUCCAAGGAGAGGAAGAAAUCACCAGGCAGGACAAAGAGUCCGAAAAGUCCCAAGAGCCCGAAGGCGGUGGCGGCCAAACCCCCCCAGCCGCCGACUAAGACGGACGCCGUUCACAAGCUGCCCUUGUCCGUGCUCAGCGAGCGCAUGGGCAAGGAGAACAUCCACGUGCGGCACAACGUGGACGACAAGGAGCCCGACCGGGCCCCCUUCCUCAAAGCCGAGCCCGGCAACGGCGCCAUCGAGGACUCCAUCAGCGCCGUGAUCGCCAAGGCGCGUUCCGAGCGCGAGCCCGACCCCUUCGCUUUCUCCUCGGGCUCCGACUCGGACAGCAACGGCUUCUCCAGUCCCAGGAGGCUGACCAUCAUGGAGCCGGCCACGCCCAAAGCCCCCCCCGGCGCCGGCCUCUCCGCGCCCGCGCCGCUCCACCUGCAGCUGGGCCCGGGAAAGUGGACCUUGGACGACUCCAUCAACGAGGUGAUCCGGAAGGUCCACCGAGGCGGGCCCUCGGCUCAGCCGCCCGACCGCGAGGAGUACGUGUCGUCCGGGUCGGCUUCGCCUCCGACGCCCGAACCGCUGCUGAAGAUUUUCGAGGAGAAGUCCAAGUUGUCGGCGCUGGACGUGAAGAAGAAGCUGAAAAAGGAGCUGAAGACCAAGCUGAAGAAAAAGGAGAAGCCCAAAGACAAGGAGCGGGAUAAGGACAAGAACAAACUGAAGGACAAGAACAAGGAGAAGAACAAGAACAAGGAUUUGUCCAAGGACGGGAAGAUUCUCUGGAAGGAGUUUGGCAUGAAGGAGGAUGAGCUCGUGGGCCAGCGGGACUUUGCGCUACCGGAGGGCUCCGUCAAGAGCAAAACCAGGGACGGAGACGGCAGCACCAAGAAAGACAAGGACAAGCACAAAGACAAGAAGAAGGACAAGGAAAAAGGCAAGAAGGACAAGGAGAAGAAAGACAAGGGCAAAGACAAGAGCAAGGACAACAGGCAGAAGCAAGCCGCCCUGGCGCCCAUGGCCCUGGGGGAGGUGCCCGCCCUGUUCGGCCCCUCUUCCUGCCAGCGUCCGCCCCCUUUGUUGCCCGUCCUCCAGGACGGCAAGAGCAAGGACAAGAAGAAGGACAAGAAGGAGAAGAAGAAAAAGAAGGAGAAGGAGCGAGAGAAGGCCAAGGAGAAGGAGCGCGAAAAGGAGGAGAAGAGGAAAGAGAAGGAGCGGGAGAAGGAAAAACGGGAGAAGGAAAAGGAAAAAGAGAAGGAGAGACUGAGAUUGGAGAAGGUGAAGGCGGACGCGCCGGUGGUCGCGCCCUCGCCGGUCAUUCCCAGGCUGACGCUCCGAGUGGGAGGCCAGGACAAAAUCGUAAUCAGCAAGGUGGUUCCGAACUCUGAAGUAAAACCUCCGGCCCCCAAGAUCCCCGCCGCCAAGUCGACCCCCGCGAUUCGUCCCCGGUCGCCCCCGCCGCCUCCCGCCCUGUUGCCGGCCCUCCCGUGCGUGACCGGGCCCCCCUCGCCGCUGCCCCCGCCUCCCGCGCUGUCGUCGUCGCUGCUGCUGUCGUCUCCGGGCCCUCUGAUGUCCCCCGCCGCCUCCCUCAAGACGCCCGUGCGCAGCGUGGUCACCGAGACGGUCAGCACAUACGUGAUUCGAGACGAAUGGGGAAACCAGAUCUGGAUCUGUCCCGGAUGCGACAAGCCGGACGACGGCAGCCCCAUGAUUGGUUGCGACGACUGUGACGACUGGUAUCACUGGCUUUGCGUGGGAAUCCUGACGGCGCCCCCCGCAGACCAGCAGUGGUUUUGUGUCAAAUGUUCCAGCAAGAAGAAGGACAAAAAACACAAGAAGAAGAAACACAAACCGCAUUAAGUCUAUGCAAAAAGCACAUUUUUGUUUUUCUUUGCAAGGGGGGCACACAUUUGGAAGGACUUGAAAGCCAUGGAGCACUGCUGUAAGAUUUAAAAAUUCAAAAUAAAGAAAGAAGAAGAAGGAGGAGGAGGGGGGAAAAGAGCAGUGGGUAAGAGCGACGUGAGGACUUUUAAUGAUGUCGUCCCGGACGGACCACAAGGGGGAAAAAAUGCCUUUUAAGCAGCGCGUGAUGAGCUGGCUGCCUUCUCACCAAAACGCUCACGUUUCCCGUUGCAGGAGAUUCGAGAUGACACAUUUCUCUUCUCUUCAUUCCCGCUUUCAAUGCACAUAAUUGAAAAGAAUUGAUAUCCCCCCCGACCCCCGCUGUAUAAAUGGCAUGUAAAUACCAAUUCUCAAGCCAAGUGCAUUAUUAUUUUAUUUUGUUCUUCCUCUUAGGAAAUGACAUGGUGACUGCAUUUUCAGGUAUCAGUUUUUAACGCUGUAAUUUCUGUACAUUUUUUUAAAUUUAAAGUUUGUAUUUUAUUUCACUCCCUCGGAUACUGCGCAUAAAAAAGUUGGGGGUGUUGGGCAUCGAAGUGGACGUCCUUGGAAAUUCCACCGCAAAAGGCCGAUAUCCCCAACCUUUUGUGCGUCGUGUAUGUUUUUGUCAUACUGUAGCUGUGCUUAUGAUUGUGAUUCAUUGAAAUAUUUGAUUAUUAAAGAUGAAGAGUCUGCACGUUGGCAGACUUUAAAGACGGAAAUGCCCUGACCCCCUAACAAUUGUACAUUUCACUUCUCAAGUCUUCGUCCUGUCUGUCGGUCGUCGUCAUUAUCCCCCCAGUAGCUGUUUUGCAUUUGCUUUACAAAAAAAAAAAAAUUGACAAAGCUGUUUUCAGAGAUUGACUUCAUUUCCACUCAGUUUUCUUCUCAAUUGUCUACGUGACGUUUGACAGAUGGUCCUGUACUGGCAACCAGUCCAGCGUGUAGUUUUUUUUUGUUGGUUUGUUUGUUUGUCCCCCCCCCACCCUUCCCCUCCACUAAAUAUUUAGAGUGGGCCCCCCGCUAUUCACAAGGGGAUGGGACCAGGCCCGAAUGCGAAUAGCGAAAAAUCUGGCGGAUGAAGCAGAUAAAUGGUGUCCAUUAUAAAAACAAAUCGAAAAACAAAACAAGAUAAAUAAAACAAUCAAAUAGCAGUCGGUAUGGCGAUUCUCAAAAGUGUGGCAUGUGAAAUAAUUGCUGAACUAUAAAUAAAAUGUAUAGCAUUUAAGACACGGAAUACUAUCAAAAAUAAUGAGGCUUGUAGUUAUGCGUACAGCCGCUUAACAUUUUGUCUGUCAGUACAGUACGAUAUUUGCUUUUAAAUUGUAUUUAACUUCUAAGUACAGUACAAUACAUUUGCAUUGAAACGUUGACGUUCGUUCUGAAACAUUUAAGGACUUCUGAGUGCAGUACAUUUGAAGUGAAUCGUUUAUGUGGAGUUUUUACUGUCCUAAUUGGAAGUGCAACGAUGUUAAUGUUCCGACUGCGUCAUGGUUUAAGUGGCCGCCACCACAAAACACGACGUGUGGCAAAAUGCCAGUCCAUUGUACUUGUCACCGUCUAUUAUAUGAAAUUAAACUGUGACAUUUGACAAAAUGAAUGAACGCUCGGACUAGAGAUGAAACUAGAAUAGUGAAAGUUGAGCGUUAUUUGGUGUUAACGAGUUGUUUUACGAAACAAAACAAACACCCGGAAGAAUGCUCUUGGACUUCCUGUAGUUGCAGCUCGACGGGUUUUUCUCCCCACAGCGCCACCAAGGGUAUGGGAGGACCAAGAAAACAGCACAGCUGACGUUUCUGUUACAAGCAUACGACAACCUUCGAUAGCUCAGUUGGUAGAGCGGAGGACUGUAGAGGCUCAAAGCUGAAAUCCUUAGGUCGCUGGUUCAAAUCCGGCUCGAAGGAACUUUUUUUUGUUUGAUUGCAAUCACAUCAAUUUUGUAAUUAAUCGGGUUACGUGUAAUUAGUUAGUCCCCCAAACACUGUAUCCGACGAGAGGCAUCCUGGCUGGAUUAAGAGUUGUCGAUUGAGGAUUAUUGAAUGCAAUAUUUGAAGAAUCCAUGUAAUGUGUGGGCUCACGUUCCCGCAUUCAAAGUGCUCGUCCGGGCGCUCCCUGACAUUCAUACAAAGCAGCACUCAACUGCAUUUCAACAUUCCCCUUUCAAAUAUUCAUGUCAGGAAAAAAAAAAAAGAAAAUAUUUUUCUGGAUGAUCAGAGGACGAGGAGCACAGCCUGUCAAAUGUGGAAGCAGGCCGCUCUAACGUGACCUUAUUUCUAAUGAAUCCGUGUCGUGUCGAGACGUACUAUUUAAUUUCUCUGGG